UUUAUAUCAGCCUGCUGAAACUUCCUGUUUGACAUCUGACAACAACGAAACUUUGUGCCCCAUCGCCGCUCCGCUCCGCCGCCUCUGCCCCCAUCUGCCAGGCGUUCACGCGAAGCGCGCUGGAAUAAAGAGCGUUUUCGUUUGUUGCGUUAAUGCGCAGUGCUGCUCUCUCAGCAGACGCCUUUCAGGUCGCCAGCCUCGCUAGCUUUGUGUCUUACACAACUUUUGUUUUGUGAAGAGGAAAAUUAAUCUGAAGAUGGACAACGGCGGCAGUUCUCCGGAACAAAGGACUUUAACGCUGGUGGUUAAAGCGCCGAACCAAGCCCAUCCGGAUCACAGCGUCGAAGGUGUGGAUGUGAGCUGGACUGUGAAGGAUCUGAAGACCCAUUUGUCCAGAGUUUACCCGAACAAUCCGCCUGAAAAGGACCAGAGACUCAUCUACUCGGGCAAGCUGCUUCCCGACCAUCUGCGCCUUCUGGAGGUUUUCAGAAAGUCGGACCCGACGCCCACCGUUCACCUCGUGUGUGCUAUCAGGACUCCUCCCACAGCCGCACAGAGAGCCCAGGCUGAGGUGACACGAGCAGAGCAGCCAAGCGCUGGACGGAAUGAAGGCACCACCGCGCCCCCCUCAGUUACCCCCACCGCGCCCCCCUCAGUUACCCCCACCGCGCCCCCCUCAGUUACCCCCACCAUGUCCCCCUCAGAGCCCCCCGCGGAUGGGCUGAGACACAGGGGUCACCCCGCCGACCCGUGGACCAGCCACGCCAUGCCAGCGGGGGCAGCACAGAUGACUCAGCCAACCUUUCCCACGUAUUCCCUGUACAGCCCUCAGCAGCUGCUCUGGCUGCAGCAGAUGUACGCUCGGCAGUACUACAUGCAUUACCAAGCAGCCAUGGCAGCUGCAGCCUCUGCCCCUGUGACCCCUGCCGCGACCCCCCACCCUGCCCCCCUGCCCAAUCAGGCGCCCAUCGACAACCUGCCAGCCAAUCAGAAUGCACCGGACCCGAGGUUCAUCAACCCGGGGGGAGCCAAUCAGAACAUGCGCAUGAAUGCACAGGGCGGGCCGGUGAUGGAGGAUGAGGAGGAUAUGGAGCGUGAUUGGCUGGACUGGGUGUACACCGCCGCCCGAUUCGCUGUUUUCCUCAGCAUCGUGUAUUUCUACUCCAGUGUGAGCCGUUUCGUGCUGGUGAUGAGCAGCCUGCUCCUCAUGUACCUACACACGGCAGGCUGGUUUCCCUUCAGACGCAGGCCCAUGGCCCCGGGUCCAAAUGAACCAGCCCCAGAGAUCAUCCAGAACCAGCAGAACCAGAACAGGAACCCGGUCCAGGGGGAAGUCCCCGCCGCAGAGGGAAAUGUGGAGGGGGAGGAGGGGGGGCAGGGCGUGGCUGCAACCCUGCCUGCUGUGCUGGUGCCCCCCCUCAGACCGUCCCUGGCCUGGACAGCCUGGGUCUUCUUCAAGGCCUUCUUCGCCUCCCUGAUCCCAGAGGUCCCGCAGGGCGUGGCGAACUGAGCGGUGGGGAGUGAGGUGACAUCACCAGUGGGCGGGGCCGAGCCUCGCGGGGUGCUCUCUGGCAGAGGAAAGGGCAUUUUCCGGAUAUUUCCACAGAGCCUUGUGGAGGGGCAGGACUCACUGUGAGGGGAAGGACUGUGGCAUUUUACUCAAUACAUAAACAUUUCUGUACCCCGACCAAGCACAGCUGACACACCAGCAGCGUCGUCACAGAGACGGAGGCCACUCCCCCAGAGCUGUUGCGCAGGUGCAGGAAACAGGAAGUGUAAAUACUGUAUAUGUGUGUACAGUGGGAGGACAGCACUUUGCUCGACGAGGGUUCAUGGAUUUAGUCUUCUUAUGCAUGCUGCUUGCUGUCACGGUGCUUUCUCUCGCAGCAAACACAGCCACACCCCGUUCUCUGGGUUUUGAUUGGCCCUGAGGAGAGGAAAUACAUGAGAUUUUAUUACAUACAUACACGUGCGUGUGUGUGAAUGUGCGUGCGUGCGUGGGUGGGUGUGUGUAAGGGGAGGGGAGUCUCAGUCAGCAGAGGACCAUGCAAAUGGGCAGCUUUGUGGGGAGGAUGGGGGGGUGAAGAGGCUGCUCUGCUGUUCUCUCUUCAAACCAAACUUUAUGCAAAAUCAGUUUUAUCAUGCUUUAAUCAUGCUUUAAUCAUGCAUAACGUAUCCUGUUUCAUGGAAUUUAUUUAACGUAUUCAUGG